AUGAACCAAAAUUUAUCGUACACAUAUAAUUCGGACCCCCGUGGUAAUAAUGGCGGGCAAAACCAACAAAUUCAAGGAUUAUCCUUCCAUCCAUCCUCGUAUCAAACAUCAACUUAUACCAACUCAACAACUGCACCUUUUCAUUCAUCCUCCUCAGCAGCUUUUAUACCAAAUAAUGUCACUGUAAGUUUUGAAAAAAUUUCAUAAGAGAAAAAAUAAGUGCACAAUGCGAAUGAAAAAAUGGAAAAAUUAUACCUACAAUUUAUAAAAACUAUAAUUUCAAAUACUUUUUCACAUUGAAACCCAUGGCAACCUAUGCAAAAAGUGCACUUAUUCAUUCCUACGAUGAAAACAUGGAAAGUGAAAUUUCAGUUACAACAAACACCUCAACGAAGAAUGGGUGAAGAGAAGAAUUUGGUGAAUAUGCUUGAUGCCUAUUUCAUCGAUAGCACCACACCAUCUACCUCAACUUCUUGGAAUACUCAACAACCGGUGCAAGUUAAUGUGAGUUGAUGGUUUUUAGAGAUUUUUUUGUACUUAAAUUAGUGUUGGUUCACUGUGGUUGUGAUGUGUUAUGUGGUUUUAGAUGUCUCAACAACAACUUCAACAAACUGUCAGUCAAUAUCAAACUCAACUUGUUCCACAAAUUAAGGUAGGCUUUUGAUGUAGUCAUUUUGUUGUAAAUUUGUCAGAAAUUUUUUGAAUCGUGCUCGGGAAAUGGAUUCGGACAAAAAUUCUUCAGAAAAAUCAAAAUAUGAAUGAGAAAAGAGCUUAAAACUUUGAAAUGAUAGUUUUUAGAGAAUUUUCAAAUUUUCGGCAAAUUCUAUCGAUUUUUAGAAUCCUGGAUCUUUACAUUUUCUUGGUCCCAAAAAUUGAAAACGGUCCAAAAUUUUCUGAAUUUUAGGUCCAAAAUUUUUUUUCAUAAAUGAAUUUGAAUCGAUUUCCCUAGCCUGAUUCGAUAUUUUCCAAAACAUUCCCAAUAUUUCUCGCUUUUUUUUCAGUCGCUCGACAGUGUCAACGUAAAACUGUCCUCUUCCCCCGACAAAUCCGAAAAAGAACGCGCAAAAAAGGCGAGACAAGCGGAAGCGGCUCGAAUGAGAUAUCAUCGUUUGUCGAACGAGGAGAAACGCGAAUUGAAUUUGAAACGAACAUUGGCACAAAAACGAAAAAGACAACGAGAAAAGGAAAUGGAAGAAUUGGAAUCGAUUUUGAGAGAAACCAAUGAUAUUCAGGUGAGCAAAUUGGUGCUCUAUUAAAAACACAAUAAAAACACCGUUGAAUUUCAGGAAGAUCCGGAUAUCACUGAACAAUUGCGCGAGAAACGAAUGCGUGCAAAAUGGGCGGAAGCGGCUCGAACUCGCUAUGCUCGAAUGACACCCGAAGAACGACGAGCACAUAAUACACGUCGACGAAUGCGACAAAUGCAAAAUGCAAUGUCAGCAAUUAAGGUAAGCUUCAGUUUCCAAAGAAAUCAAUGGAUUUCCUUCAAAUCAAGGGGAAAUCCAUUGAUACGUUAUGUGUUACCGCGCUUCAACUUGUGUUUUUUUAAGAGUCAAUCAUCUCAUUUGCAGGCUUCGGGUAUGGCAACCGGAGACCCGAUGAAAGAUGACGAAGCCGUCAGACAACAUAUUAAAUCGCAAAAUGCUAAAAAGGCCGAGGCCGCCAGACAGAGGUCAGUUUGGAUUUUUGAAUUUGGGGCGGGGGGUGCCAAAAUUUAAAAUUUAAAAAAAUUGAAUUUUUUUGGAAUUCCUAACUCAAAUUACUAUUUUCUCAAACAAAAAAUUUUGAUCAGAAGUCGGAUUUUUUCGGAUUAUCUGAUUAAAAAUGCAUUUUUCUGCCAAUUUUCAUUUCAAAAAUUUGCAUUUUAUUCAACCAAAUCCGUUUUUUUUUGAAUUUUUAGACGAAAAUUUGUAAAUUCCCAUAAAAAUUGAAAACAAAAUCAAUAUUCGAAUUUUUUACAGAUAUCACCGAAUGACUGACGAAGAAAAACGAAUUUAUAAUCAAAGAAGAACUGAGGCUUUCAGGUAGGUGCCCCUAAUUUAAUCACCUAAUAAAAAAUCUCAUAAUCCCAAAUAUUUUCAGACGCCGCCGAAUGGAAGAAGAAAUGUUAUUGGCAAUGCCAAUUGGUCGGAUAAACGGUGAAGCUUUGGAUCGGGCUCAACAAAUUGUGGUCCGAAAUGCGAAACGGGCCGAGGCAGCGAGAUUGAGAUAUCAAAGAAUGACACCGGAUCAGCGAAAGGUUAGUUCAAGUUUAAAAAAAAAUGUGGAAUUUCUGUUUUUAUCCCAUUUUCCUAAUCCCUCACGCUUUUUGAGUUGAUUUUUUUUGUCACACACACAUGUAUCACACACUACAGGCGAAAAAUGUAAUUUGGAGCUGGUUUAUUGAAAAUUGGUUUUGGGAUGGUGAAAAUUAUGCUAAAAACUUGGAAUUUUUCAUAAGCGCUUUUCAAAAAUUGAAAAUUUUCGUAUAAAUUUGAGUUCCAAAACUUAAAAUAUAAUAAAAAACAUUUAAAUUUAAAGCGAAAUUAAAAAUUUUGGAUCAAAAAUAGGUGAAAACUGAGAAUUAAAAAAAAACCUAAAACCCUUGUUCCAGUCUUUGAUUUCCAGCCAAUUCCUAUCUUAAACCACCCCCAGUUAGGCUAACUCACAUCUUUUUUGGUUAUCCUAUUUUUUUCUGUUGUACUGUGUACUGUGUCUUGUGUGUGUGUGGCGAGAAAAAACCCGGGGUUCUUGGGGCUUUUCAUUUCAAAAAAAGGCGGCGUGUCCUCAACUUCUCCGAGUCGAUGACGAUCCACACACAUCCUCUUUCUCUCUCUCUCACUUUCUAUUCAAAUUCGUUGAUCUGAUAUCGUUCGGUGUGUGCUUUUAGGCUGCCAACUCAUCGCAUUCCAAUAAACAACACUCGAACAUCGUUGUCAAAGAGGAGCAAUGGAUGAAUGAUGCGUCGGCAGCUGAACUGCUUUUAUAUGCAUCAAAUCAAGGAGGAGGACAAUCGAUGCAUGAUGGAAGAAUUGGAGAAGAGGAAGAGGAUGAGGAUCAUCUCGGAGAUGUUAGUUUUUCGUAUCGCUCUCGCCUUCCGCUUUUUCUUCAUUCCCCGCUAGCCUUUACCCAGAUUUUUUUGUUGUUUCUUGAAAACCAUCCUGUAAAAAACUUCGAAAUCUCAGUGAAAUAUGUAAUCCAAUUUAUCUCAAAAAAUUAUUAUUUAUAAAAUUCAAAUCUUGAAUAAGCUAGAGGAUUUACUACUCCAAAUAUGGCCUAACUUUCAAGUUUAAAAGUUAUUUGUGGAAAUCCAUAAUUUUUUGCAGUCAUAUAAUCAAAAACGAUAUACACCAAAACGUCGACGAAAUGAAUUGGAAGAUAUGAUGAAUGCUGGACAAAUGGCUGUUGGAUCAUCUGGAACAAUUGGCCUUGGCACUGGAAUCACCACCAAAAAAGAGGAUUUGGAUGCGUUGACCAGUUUGGAACGCGAUGUCAUGAAACGAACACAACAAGCGCAACAAGUUUUGAUGCGCCAACAACGUGCAAAUCAGGAGAAUUUGUUCCAAGACGGAACUCGUUCUGUCUCCCCUCCACCACAACAACAAACAUAUAUAAUGCAACAAUCGAAUGGCGGACAACAGGGUGGACAGGCACAACAGGUUCAGUUGAAUUUGUCGGGAGCGGCUGGAUCGUCGAAUGGUAUUAAUCAUCAGGUGCAUACUGUUCAUCAAUUGCAACCACAACAAUUGCAAUCGCAUCAGGUUGGUUUGGAACUUGGAAAUGAUGAAAAAAUCUAGAAAAAACAAUUUUUUAAAACAUUCUCUAACGAAAAUUUCCCUGGUUUAAAAAAAAACUGGAAUUUUCUCAAAUUUUAAUGUUCAAAAAUGAAAAAAAAACAUUUUUCUCGCCAGACUAUUGUAAAAAAUACACCUUAAAAAUCAACAAAACCAGAAGCUCUAAAAAUUCCACCCCUAAUCAAAUAUGUUUUUCUAGCAAUAUUCGAAUGGAAUGAUAAUGUCAAAUCAGAAUAAUGGUCGAGUUGUUCAACAACAACAACAACAACAAAAUCAACAAUCUCAAUCAGUUCCAACAACUGUUCAACAAACUCAAAUAAUGGAUCCUUAUCGUGCAUAG